AUGGAGACAUACUACGGACACGUGCGAACACCAGGAGAUGCCAUCUUACUCUUCGAGGCAUGCAGGAUUGGUCUGUUGCCCAGAGUACAGCGCCGCCUGUCGGAAAAGGAAAGACUCUCGAUCAAGUCCGGCUCCGUCUUUGUGUGGGACGAGCGCGAGGCUGGCAUGAGACGCUGGACGGACGGAAAGUCAUGGAGUGCAAGUCGCGUGUCGGGUAGCUUCCUUACAUACCGCGAGAUGGAGGGCAAGCGCGGCGGCAGCACCUUCAACGCCGCACCCAAGGCGCCCGCUGCCAAAGACCACGACGCCUCGGAUGAUGGUCCUGACGGUUACCGCUACAAGCCCGACGGCCUGAUCAAGCAGUCGUUCAGCAUCACGACAUCCAACGGCCAGCACCUGCAUCUCAUCAGCUACUUCGCCCGCUCUACCGCCGUCUCGCAAAACCUGCAGCAGCCUUCCAGCGACCCUCAGCUGCGUCACAUCCGUCCCGAGAAGGGCAUGUACCCCGAGUCGACCGUCCACGAACAGAACGCCAUCCCCGCCGUCACAAGAGGCCCCAUGACCAGCCCAGCCUUUGCCAACUCUCCUCAUCAGUCUGCAAACAUUGGCGCUCCCUACGCAAGACCGCAAUACACACAUGGUCCCAUGUCGUAUCCCCAUCCCGGCUGGGCUCCCCCGAGCCCCAUGCACACUCCGCCGCCGCACUACUCGCCCUACGGUGCCUACCACUCGCCCAUGCACCACCUCCAUCCUUCGCAAUACCCUCCACAGCACGCCCAGCACUACCCUCCUCCGCUUACUGCCUUCGACCGCGCGCCUGCUCCACUGUCCAAUAACGCGCUUCCUGCGCCGCCUGAUCACCAUCAUCAUCACCCGCAACUCACUCCCAUCCACAACCACCCUCCUCCUCUGCCUCAGAUCAACCACGCCCACCGUCCUUCUCUCCAAGAUCGCUCGUCACGUCCUCCUAGUCACGGACAACCCUCCAUCGACCCUGCUCUGGCCAACGACUCUAGAAAGACUAUUCCUCCCCCUCUUCCGAGCCCGAGAUCUUUGGGAGAUACUGCUGCAGGCGCUCCCACAGAGUCCACCAAACUGCCUCCUGCCACUCUGCCUCCUGUCAGUGGUGGUACUACUAUUCCAAGCAUCAGCUCUCUUAUCCACGAGACGAGCAACCCACAGUCACUCAAUGCUGGCCGCCCCGCGAGCCGCAGCCCUAUCGGUGGCCGUCCUCAAGACAUUCCCGUGCACAAGAUGGGCUACGACGCUGCGCGCGACGUCCAGGCACUGAGACAUCUCGACAAAGCCACGUUGAGAUUCUAG